CGCAAGAAAACACCUUAAACCUAUACGGGCUGUGAGGUUUCUCAAGAAAAUAAACCAAAACCAAAACAAAAAUACAAAAAAAACAAAACAACCCUCGCUGCAGGAUAACACUAACACGCGGGGCGAAGAGAGAGAAAGACACAAUACAAUCAUGGGUCUUACGGGUCACCGGAUUCGAUCGCGAGCCGGCUCCAGCGCGAGCAAGGCAUCGUCUGCCGAUGAGGAUAGCGACACUACUGUCGUCGAGGGCGACCAGGGAAAUGUCCUUGGGCAUAUCAUUUCGCAGCUGCGGCCCGGCGCUGAUCUGAGCCGAGUCGUCCUGCCGACAUUCAUUCUCGAGCCAAGAAGCAUGCUCGAGAGGAUAACCAACUUCAUGUCCCAUCCCGAGAUGCUGUUGCCCAUACCUGAGAUCAACGACCCAAUAGAACGAUUCGCUGCCGUUGUCAAGUUCUAUCUCAGCGGCUGGCAUAUAAGACCUCCAGGCGUCAAGAAGCCCCUCAACCCAAUCCUUGGCGAAAUCUUCACUUGUUACUGGGACCUACCCGACAACACGCGAGCCUAUUACAUUUCCGAGCAGACAUCCCACCACCCGCCAAAAUCAAGCUACUUCUAUAUGGUACCCGACCACCACAUCCGAGUGGACGGCACACUGAAGCCCCGAAGCAAGUUCCUUGGCAACUCGGCCGCCAGCUUAAUGGAGGGCACGGCUGUGUUGUCCCUCUUAAACCGCGGCAAAAACCCAAAAAAGGGCGAGAGGUACAUUUUGACUCAACCGAACAUGUACGCUCGAGGAAUACUUUUCGGAAAGAUGAAGUAUGAGCUUGGCGACCACAGUUUCGUUCGCUGCCCCGAGUUGGGACUUGUUGCCGAUAUCGAGUUCAAGACGAAAGGUUGGGUCAGCGGCACAUACAACGCUAUAGGAGGAACUAUCAGGAAUGAGCACACCGGCGAGGCACUGUUUGAACUUUCUGGAUUAUGGAGCGACGAGAUGUCUAUCAAAGAUCUUCGGAACGGCCACAAGGAAACCUUCUUCAAUGGCGCCAAGGCAAAACCAUCAAAGCCACAAGUGCGACCGCUAGAAGAGCAAGACGAGCGCGAAUCGCAGAGACUCUGGGCCAAAACGGCGCGCGCAGUCAAGGACAAGAAUCACGAAGUCGCAACUGACGAGAAGACAAAGAUCGAGGAUAUGCAACGAGAAGAGGCAGCAAAGCGCGGUGCUGAGAACGUAGAGUGGCAUCCACGACUGUUCAGGGCAAUCAGAGGGGGCCCCGGAGGUGAGGAAGAGGGCGAAGAGGAAUUGGAGUGGAUCAUUAAUGCGCACAUUGAUGGGCAUACGCCUCAAGCGAUUACGGAGCAAAUCAUGGCCAUUUAUCCCGUAAUCCCGGGCCAGAAACUGUCGGAACGCAAUGCCAUCCCACCACAACAUCGCAACACAGCCCCAGCUCCUCAGGUUGCCCCUGAGGACGCGCAGGCGAACCUGAUUGAUUUUGAGAGCAGCGAAGCACCUGCCCCUGCGGUUGCCCCUACUCCUGCUUCUGCUCCUGCUCCAGUGCCAGCAGAAGCACCGGCAGUGGCUGCGGCGGCGCAGAAUCACCCAAGCCAAGACUCGACUGAGAUUAGGCAAAUGCUUUCCAGUACCGGGCAUCCGACAACCGGGGGCCCAUUGAUAGACUUUACUGGUGAUGUCAAGAAUGCCCUACCCACCACGACACAGCCCACGCAGCCAUCACACCUGAGGAGAACCGAGACGGAGGACAGCAAUGAUGCGUUCUUUGACGCCCAUGCAUAAACCAAAAAGGAUGGGAGACUUGCAAGGAAUAAAAGUCCAUGGCAAGGACGGCCAUGCAUGCCAAGUCUAGGUAAUCAAGAGGGGAUGAGCAAACUCUUUAGACAGCGUUAAUCGCGCUGAUUCUGGCGCGGACAUGGCUUCGUAAUUACUGGCGGAGCUGUAUAUAUAUAAUGGGUGUUCUCAACAGCAAUACCAUUUGAAGAGCAAUCACAACGGCCCUCUUUCAACUUCAAGAAGGGUUUAAUCGGCGGCAAUAGAGUAUUUGAAUGAUGUUCUGUCGUAAUAUGGAUCAGCUACAACGUUGAUAAGAAAAGGUGUGCCCGCAUUCCCUAGGGUUCAAAAUACAGU